CCCCCACCUGGCCUCUGGACCUCUGUCAGAUUUAGAGGAAAGAAGCAGUUUUCAGAGCGACCGCCUCAGCCAGCACCAUCUCCUGUCCUCUGUAGAAGCACAUCGGCCAUGUAUUCCAAUGGGAUGGGGAGUGCGGCUGCUGGAGACAGGAAGGUACGUCUUCUCUUCCUGCUACUCAUUGGUGCCUGGAGUUGUGUGAUCUGUGAUGGAAACUCUGUGGAUGACAUCUGCAUAGCGAAGCCCCGGGACAUCCCUGUGAAUCCCAUGUGCAUUUACCGCUCUCCAAAUAAGAAGGCCACUGACGAGGACGGCCUAGAGCAGAAGAUCCCAGAGGCCACCAACCGCCGGGUCUGGGAACUAUCCAAGGCCAAUUCUCGAUUUGCCACCACCUUCUAUCAGCACCUGGCAGACUCCAAGAAUGACAAUGACAACAUUUUUUUGUCACCCUUGAGCAUCUCCACGGCUUUUGCUAUGACCAAGCUGGGUGCCUGUAAUGACACCCUCAAGCAGCUGAUGGAGGUUUUUAAGUUUGAUACCAUCUCGGAGAAAACAUCCGAUAUGAUCCACUUCUUCUUUGCCAAACUGAACUGCCGACUCUAUCGAAAAGCCAACAAGUCCUCCAACUUGGUAGCAGCAAACCGCCUUUUUGGAGACAAAUCCCUUACCUUCAACGAGACCUAUCAGGACAUUAGUGAGGUUGUCUAUGGAGCCAAGCUCCAGCCCCUGGACUUCAAGGAAAAUGCAGAGCAAUCCCGAGUGAGUAUCAACGACUGGGUGGCUAAUAAGACUGAAGGCCGCAUCAAAGACGUCAUCCCCCAGGGGGCCAUCAACGAGCUCACAGCCCUGGUGCUGGUCAACACCAUUUACUUCAAGGGCCUGUGGAAGUCAAAGUUUAGCCCUGAGAACACAAGGAAGGAGCUAUUCUACAAGGUUGACGAGCAGACAUGCCCAGUGUCUAUGAUGUACCAGGAAGGCAAAUUCAAAUACCGGCGUGUAGCAGAAGGCACCCAGGUGCUGGAGCUGCCCUUCAAAGGCGAUGAUAUCACCAUGGUGCUCAUUCUGCCCAAGCCUGAGAAGAGCCUGGCCAAAGUGGAGCGGGAACUCACCCCAGAGCUGCUGCAGGAGUGGCUAGACGAGCUGACGGAGACCAUGCUUGUGGUCCAUAUGCCCCGCUUCCGCACUGAGGAUAGCUUCAGUCUAAAGGAGCAGCUGCAAGACAUGGGCCUUGUGGAUCUGUUCAGCCCCAAGAAGUCCCAACUCCCAGGGAUUGUUGCAGACGGCAGGAAUGACCUCUAUGUCUCUGAUGCAUUCCACAAAGCCUUUCUUGAGGUGAAUGAGGAAGGCAGCGAAGCAGCAGCGAGCACUGCUGUCGUGAUUGCUGGCCGUUCACUGAACCCAAGCAGGGUGACCUUCAAGGCCAACAGGCCCUUCCUGGUCCUUAUCAGGGAAGUUGCUCUGAACACUAUUCUGUUCAUGGGGAGAGUGGCUAACCCUUGUGUGAACGAAAACAGUCUUACUCUUUGACCUUUUCCUUUUGCUGUUUGUGACCAGAAGUAAAAAUAAAUAUGGCUGCCACCUCACAA